AUGCAGGGCAGCAACCACGCCUCGUCGUCCUCCUCCACCUCCUCCCGCCCUCGCCUCUCGUUCAUCCCGUACAACCACCCGCCCGCGCCCUUUGGUCUCGCUCGCGCCACCACCACCGCCACCGCCACCGCCACCGCCAACACCAACGCCAACGCCGGCGACCCAGCACCCACACCCGCGCCCGAGCGCCGCCUCACCGCGCGCGACAAGGGCAAGGCGCGCGCCGUCACGCUCGAGCGCGACGACGACGACGACGAGCAGCAGCGCUGCCCGGCAAAGCGCCCGAGGAGGACGCAGCCGAGGCGCGCGGGGCGCGAGGGGGGCAGGGGCCGUGGCGCGCGCACGCCGAGCGAGGACGACGACGAGCGCGAGCGCGUCGGCGAGGGCGAGGGCGCUGAGGAUCCGCGCGACGCGGCUUGGGUCGCGAGCGACGCUGACGCCGACGACGACGCCGACGACGAUGGCGGGUCCUCGGACGCUUCGUCGUCGUCCUCCUCCUCCUCCGGCCGUGCCUCCCGCCGCCGCCGCCGCCGCCGCCGCCGUCCCUCGCACGCCGCGCCGCGCAACACCGACACCGACACCGCCGCCGCCGCGCCGCCGCCCCCACUCACCGCCCUCGACCGCGGCGGGAUCCGCCUCGUCGGCACCCUGCGCGGCGCGGGCGUCGUGCCGCCCGUCGUGCCCCUCGCGCUCCGCCGCCCCGUCCCCGAGGACGAGGUCGGGGUGGACGUCGAUGCGCUGCUCGAUCAGGUGGCGGACGUCGAGGGCGAGGGCGUCGAGGGACUCGAGAUGGGCAUGAGGGAGGCGCUCAGGGAGGGGAUGGACCCGCGCCGCGCCACGGCCCUCCUCGCGUCCCUCGACGCCCAGAUCGCCCUGUACGACCGCGCGCACGCCGCACUGUACGCCGAGCUCGCCAAGGCCCAGGUCGAGGAGAGCGUGCUGGCCAACGUCAAGGUCGUCGCGGCGGAGCAACGUGACCGCAUCAGGAGCGACCAGCUAGGCCCGCGUCUGGCCCCUGCGCCUGCGCCUGCCCCUCCCGCCUGA